AUGUCAACUGCCGAAAACACUCCUGUUGGCAACUUGACUUCCACAGUUUCGGGAUCUCAUUCCGUUUUAUCAACGCCAUCUAACAAGGCUGAAAGAGAUGAUGCUAAAGAUUUGAACUCAAUUGCCCCACCAGAGCCAGCCAUCGAUUUGCCAAAGAAGCCCGCUUCUUCCUACAUUGGUGUUUCCAUCCUGUGUCUGAUGAUCGCCUUUGGUGGUUUCAUUUUCGGUUGGGAUACUGGUACCAUUUCUGGUUUCGUGAAUUUGCCGGACUUUGUGAGAAGAUUUGGAUCUAGACAUUCUGAUGGCACCUAUUAUUUGUCGAAGGUCAGAAUGGGUUUGAUGGUUUCUAUCUUCAAUAUUGGUUGCGCUAUCGGUGGUAUUGUUUUAUCCAAGAUGGGUGAUGUCUACGGUCGUCGUAUUGGUUUGGUUGCUGUCACCAUCAUCUAUGUGGUCGGCAUCUUAAUUCAAAUAUGUUCCUUCAACAAAUGGUACCAGUACUUCAUUGGAAGAAUUAUAUCUGGUUUAGGUGUUGGUGGUAUCUCCGUUUUGUCACCAAUGUUGAUUUCUGAGGUGUCUCCAAAGCAGAUUAGAGGUACCCUGGUCUCUUGUUACCAACUUAUGAUUACUUUGGGUAUUUUCUUGGGUUACUGUACUAACUUCGGUACCAAGAAUUACCACGACUCGACUCAAUGGAGAGUUGGUUUGGGUCUAUGUUUCGCCUGGGCUAUGUUUAUGGUUGGUGGUAUGCUUUUCGUUCCAGAGUCUCCACGUUACCUGGUUGAAGUUGGUAACUUCGAAGAAGCUAAGCGUUCGCUAUCUAGGUCCAACAAAGUUUCUGUCGAUGACCCAGCUCUGUUGGCUGAACUAGACGCCAUCGCUGCCGGUGUUGAAGCUGAGAAAUUGGCUGGUAGCGCUAGCUGGGGUGAAUUGUUCACUACAAAAACCAAGAUCUUUCCCCGUUUGAUUAUGGGUGUUAUGUUGCAAUCUUUGCAACAAUUGACCGGUGACAACUACUUCUUUUACUACGGUACCACUGUCUUUAAGUCUGUCGGUUUGGAAGAUUCUUUCGAAACUUCCAUCAUCAUUGGUGUUGUGAACUUCUUCUCCACUUUCGUCGGUAUUUUCUGUAUUGAAAGAUUCGGUCGUCGUACCUGUCUUCUAUGGGGUGCCGCCACCAUGAUGUGCUGUUUCGUUGUGUUUGCCUCUGUCGGUGUCACUAGACUAUGGCCCCACGGUCAAGCCAAUGGUGCCUCCAAGGGCGCUGGUAACUGUAUGAUUGUCUUCACCAUGUUCUACAUCUUCUGUUUCGCUACCACCUGGGCCGGUGGCUGUUACGUUAUUGUCUCUGAAACUUUCCCAUUGAGAGUCAAAUCCAAGGGUAUGGCUAUCUCGACUGCUGCCAACUGGAUGUGGGGUUUCUUGAUCUCCUUCUUCACUCCUUUCAUCACCAACGCUAUCAACUUCUACUACGGUUACGUCUUCAUGGGAUGUCUAGUGUUUGCUUACGUCUACGUCUUCUUCUUCGUUCCAGAGACUAAAGGUUUGACUUUGGAAGAGGUCGACACUAUGUGGAUGGAAGGUGCCCUACCAUGGAAAUCUGCCUCCUGGGUUCCACCUGACAGAAGAGGUGCUAAUUACAAUGCUGAAGACCUUGCCCAUGACGAUAAGCCAUUCUACAAGAGAAUGUUCACCAAAUAG